AUGACGAAGUCUAACAACAAUCUGGAGAAGAAAACAAAGGGUAGGCGGAAGAUUGAAAUUCGGAAAAUUGACAAUAAAAACAGUCUUCAGGUUACCUUCUCAAAGAGGCGAACCGGUCUUUUCAAAAAGGCGGCGGAAACGAGCCUAUUGUGCGGCGCAAAUAUUGCAAUCCUCAUCCAAUCUCCGGGGAACAAAUUUUUCACUUUUGGCGAACCCUCGGUGGAAUCCAUUCUAAACCGGUACCAAUUUCUUGAUGAUUCAUUUUCUGCCGAGUCAAACCCGACUGCCCACAAUCUUUUGGUUGAAGAAAGAAGUGAAAUUAAUGAGGCAACGAGGGGAUUUUGGUGGCAGAAAGAAAACUUGGAAACCAUGGAGUUGCAGGAACUUGAAGCAUUUGAAGAGAAAUUGAAAGUUUUGGUUCAAGCAGGCGAGAUGAAACGGUACCAAUUUCUUGAUGAUUCCUUUUCUACUGAGUUAAACCUGACUGCCCACGAUCUUCUGGUUGAAGAAAGAAUUGAAAAUGAUGAGGCAACGAGGGAAUUUUGGUGGCAAAAAGAAAACUUGGAAACUAUGGAUUUGCAGGAACUUGAAGCAUUUGAAGAGAAAUUGAACGUUUUGCUUCAAGCAGGGGAGAUGAACCGGUACCAAUUUCUUGAUGAUUCCUUCUCUACUGAGUCAGACCCGACUUCCCACAAUCUUUUGGUUGAAGAAAGAAGUGAAAAUGAUGAGGCAACGAGGGAAUUUGGGUGGGAGAACGAAAACAUGGAAAUUGUGGAUUUGCAGGAACUUGAAGCGUUUGAAGAGGAAUUGAAAGCUUUGCUUCAAGCAGGGGAGAUGAAUAAACAAAUUGCUUCAGCUUCUUGUUCGAUGAUUCCGUUUCCACACCUGUAGGGUUUUAACGAAAAUUUUGACGUCGUAUGAAUUUUGAGCGACAUCUUACGCAUAUAAGUAGGCAGGAUUAGAUUUUAAAUUUUUUGAUGAUGUCUGAUGUCAACACAGGUUGACAACUUGACCAUUCGAUUGUCUUUUUUGACGACGAUCGACCCUAUUCUUCGUGUAAUUGUUUCAUUGAU